AUGGGAUCGGCCGGCAGAUCUAAUGAGGAGCAGGAGGACGUGGGGGAGAUGGGAUCGGCCGGCAGAUCUAAUGAGGAGCAGGAGGACGUGGGGGAGAUGAGGUCGGCCGGCAGAUCUAAUGAGGAGCAGGAGGACGUGGGGGAGAUGAGCCAAGGAACCGGCUCACUACAGAACGGGGGGGGUGGGGUGUUUGGGGUUGGUGGUGGUUGUGGUGGGUUGGGGGAUGGGGGGGGGGGGGGGGGUUUGGGGUGGGGGGUGGGUGGUUGGGGUGGGGGUGGUUUGGGGGGUGGGGGUGGGGGUGGGGGGGGGGAGGGGGGUGGGGGUCGGGUGGGGGGGGUGGGGGGGGUUUGUGGGGGGGGGUGGGGGGGUGGGUGCGGGGGGGGGGUGUGGGGUGUGGGGGUGGGGGGGGGGGAGUGGGGGGGUGUGGGGUUCUGA